CUUGUGGGUUCCUGCUUGUGGGCAGAGUGCACCCAGUUCCCCAGGCCCCCUGGGGCUCAGCUGAGGGCUCCAUUGGGUGCUGGGGGACUUGGUUUCCUCUCUUUCCUUCCCAUCAUCUCCUGCCCCUCACCUCCUGGGCAAGGAUAUUCAGGGCCUUUCCUUGCUAAGCCUGUCCAGCCACACCUAGCCAGGUAGGCCUGGCAUGAUGCUCUUGCCUUUCCUGGGACUUCGCUCCUCUGUUCCCUGCACCCUGGCCUCAGCCUGACCAGAAUGGCUGGGGAGGGGGGGGUGUCCCCUCAGCCCCCACUCAGACCCACUGUCUCUGUCCCUGCCUUCCCAGCGGAUGGGCUGGCCCUGGCCCAGGAAUGCACUUUGUUUCUGGGUUGAGCAAUGUCACUGUGGCAGGGGGGACAGUGGGAACAGAAGAAGGCGCCCAUAGGCUUCCCACCCCACGUGGCAGCUACGGGGACAGGCCUAGUGGAGAGCCUGCCCAGGCUGACCAGGGGCUCAGGAUGGGGCCUGGCGGGCUGUGUGGCUGCGUGGGCAGUUUCUUUACUGUACCAGGAGGCGUAGAGAGGCCUGGGGCUGGCAGCGCUCAGCUGGAAAGGAAGCCAGAGAGCAUAGGGGGGCUGUGGGUGCUGUGGAGGUGGGAGUCCAGCCUGACUCCUGCUAAACCUGGUCGAGAAGGGUCCCCCUCCUCCAGCUGUCUCCCUGUUGAAUACCCUGAGGUCUGGGCAGGGGAAGGUCUAAGCUAGUGUCCCCAGGAGGGGAGGCACAGCCAGCACAGAGGAGCACAGAGGAGCAGACACCCAGCCAGGGAAGCACAGAGAUGCAGAUGGGAGGGCAGCCUCAUUCUCAGGAGGCCCAUGGUGGUGUUUCUGGGACAGCAAGACCCAGGGGUGGAUGGUCUGGUGGGCACUGGGUGCCAAGGGCUGGAGGCAGGCCCCGUUUGCUUUCCUCACACAGCUGUCUUGUAGUCCUGCGUGUCUGAUGCAGAUUGGAGAGCUGAGCCCCCUCCUGGUCACCCUUGUUUCCUAGUAGGCUACGGCCAAACGGGGACUUGAACCCAGGCCCUGAGUGCCAUUGCCUUGGGUCCACUCUACCCUCUGACUCUGCCCCCCUCCAGCCUCACCCUUUUGCCCCAGAAAUCCUCAGUAUCCUCCAGCUCUCUGGAUGCCAAAGCAAGCUGUUGCUGAGUGGAACCACACCAAGGAGGUGGGAGUCGGGGCACCACUGUGGCUCCUUGCCCCUCUGAGCCUGAGCCCUGCUGUCCUGGCUUUGCUGGGGACUGGAGAGCAGCCUGUACCCCUGCACCCUGGCUCCCUUGGGGACAGGAGAUGCCAAGUCCUCAAGCACAUGGGUUGGGAGAGCCCUGGGCUACCCUCAAGGCUUGUAGGGGGCAGGCUGUGGGAAUGAGGGAGUUAACAGCAGUGGCUUGCUCCUCUCUGGAAAGAAAACUCCCCAUAAACGCCCUGCUCCCUGGCCUCCUGCCAGGGCCAAGAACAGGGGCUAGAAACUGGAAGUUCAGGCGUGUGGCCAGCUCUGCCUCUCUAGCGAGCGCUUGAGUAGGGCAGCAGCCCCGCUGCUGCCAGCUGUCCGUCCAUACACCCACCUGUCCUCCAGGGUGCCUCUCUUUGUAAACCUGUCUGUCCACCUGUCUGUAAUCCUGUCUCUGUCCAACUGUCUCUCUGACCAUCCUUCUCUUACUAUCCUAUAUCCAGCUGUCUAGACUAUCAAUCCGUUUGUCUAUCUCUGGCCCCCACCUCUUUGUUCAUCUGUCCAAUCACCUGUGCAUCCAUCUGCCCAUCUUCUUGUGGAUUCAUCCACCCAUCUGUGUGUCCAUCUGCCCUCUGUCUCCACCUGGGGCCUCAGAGUCAUGGCCCAAGGCCACAAGGCCACGGUCAGCAUGGUCCUGCUGGGGUUGGGGCUGGCCCUGGCCAUCAUUGUGUCCGCUGUGGUCCUCUCUCGCCGCCAUGCCCGCUGUGGGCCCCAGGCCUUUGCCCAUGCUGCGGUUGCCGCUGACUCCAAGGUCUGCUCGGACAUUGGGCGAGCCAUCCUCCAGAAGCAUGGCUCACCCGUGGAUGCCACCAUCGCGGCUCUGGUCUGCACCGGAGUCGUCCACCCUCAGAGCAUGGGCCUGGGCGGAGGGGUCAUCUUCACCAUCUACAAUGCAACCACGGGGAAGGUGGAAGUCAUCAAUGCCAGGGAGACAGUGCCCACCAACUACAGCCCAGAUCUGCUGGACCAGUGUGAGCAGGCCCAGCCACUGGGCACAGGGGCCCAGUGGAUCGGAGUGCCCGGCGAGCUCCGGGGCUACGCAGAGGCCCACCGCCGCCACGGCCGCCUGCCCUGGGCACAGCUGUUCCGGCCCACCAUCGCCCUGCUCCGAGGGGACUACCGCAUGCCCUCCGUCCUCAGUCAGUUCCUGCAGAAUGACUUCCUCAGGUCUUCCUUAUCCAAGACGUCCCUCAGGCAGCUCUUUUUCAACGGCACAGAACCCCUGAGGGCUCAGGACCCAUUCCCCUGGCCCGCACUGGCCGCCACCCUGGAAACCGUGGCCACAGAGGGUGCAGAGGCCUUCUACACGGGGACGCUGGGCCAGACGCUGCUGGAGGACAUUGCCAACCAAGGCAGCCGGCUGACCCCGCAGGACCUGGCGUCGUUCCGGCCCGAGGUGGUGGAGGCCCUGGCGAUGCCCCUGGGGAGCUACACCCUGUACUCGCCGCCGCCGCCUGCAGGGGGCGCGAUUCUCAGCUUCGUCCUCAAUGUGCUCAGAGGGUUCAACUUCUCCUCGGAGUCGGUGGCCAGGCCCGAGGGGAGUGUGAACUUGUACCAUCACCUUGUGGAGACGCUCAAGUUUGCUGGGGGACAGAGGUGGCGGCUGUGGGACCCCCGCAGCCACCUGGAGAUCCAGAACGCUUCCCAGGACCUGCUGGGAGAGGCUUUGGCCCAGCAUAUCCGCCAGCAGAUCGACACUCGGGGUGAUCACCAGCUCAGCCACUACGGCCUGGAUGGGCCCUCGGGCCACAGGAUGGGCACGUCGCAUGUGUCUGUGCUAGGGGAGGAUGGCAGCGCUGUGGCAGCCACCAGCACCAUCAACACACCCUUUGGAGCAAUGCUGUACUCACCACGCACAGGCAUCCUCCUCAACAACGAGCUUCUGGACCUAUGCUGGAGGCGCCCCCUGGGCUCGAAAGUCACCCCCCAACCUGUUCCAGGUGAGCGGCCUCCAUCAUCCAUGGUCCCCUCCAUCUUCAUCAACACAGCCGAGGGGUCAAAGCUGGUGAUAGGUGGGGCUGGUGGGGAGCUCAUCAUCUCUGCUGUGGCACAGGCUAUUAUAAAGAAGUUGUGGCUUGGCUUUGACCUGAGGACUGCCAUUGCAGCCCCUAUCCUACAUGUCAACAGCAAUGGCCAAGUGGAAUAUGAACCCAACUUCAGCCAGGAGGUGCAGAAGGGGCUCCAGGACAGGGGCCACAACCAGACCAAGAGGCUCUUCUUCCUGAACGUGGUCCAGGCCGUGUCCCAGGACGGGGCCUGUGUGUAUGCUGCAGCGGACCCGAGAAAAGGUGGGGAGGCCUCAGGCUACUGAGCAGACUGCUCCUGAGAGCUGCAGUCUGCCCCCCAUCAGCCUGUGCCCAGGCUGGCCUUGGCCACAGGACCAAGCACUCGAGCAGGAUCUGGACCCUUCGGCAGAGGGUUGGCCUGAGGCUGCAAGAGGUGUGGACAGCCUGAAAGUCGGAUGACUGUGAGGGAUGAGCCGUCUCCCAGAGCCCCUUGCAGCCCUUCCCUGGCCCCCCAAGCCUUCACUAAGCCUCUCACCCAGGACUGUGGCCCACCUUCCCCCCAGGCCACACUCCCCAUCUGUAUACCCUCUACUCCAAGAUUAAAGAGCAGGGUGGACCUCAGCCUGAUUUGGGGUCUAGGUGUGGGAGGGGACCCCUAGAAAGCACACACACUGAGCUCCUACAGUCCUCCACAACACACCAGCACGGAGGUGUGGAAACAGACCUAGCGACUGGCUGGCCUUGCCCAGGCCACCCCUGGACAGAGGCAACACCCUUACCACCUGCCAGGCCUCUACAAUGUGGCUCUCUGGGCCCUGCCUGUUGCUGGGAAGGCAGGGCUGGGGUCAGGGGACACUUGCCCCUGACUCUUACCAGGCCUGAGGACCAUCUCUGGAUCUUGUCCUCUGUGCCUGGAAAAAGUUUGGAUGAAAUCGGACCUAAGACUCUACCCUGGUCCCCAGCCCCAACAAUUGCCCGUGUUCUCACCCUCAGCACUGUUGA